AUGAAGAUGUUCUCAGUGUCUCAUAAGACGGUCUUUGUGGUGGAUCACUGUCCCUACAUGGCAGAGUCCAGUCGUCAGCAGGUGGAGUGUGACGUGCUGACAAAGAGCAGGGCUCACGGGGUCAUCCCUUUGGCCCCUGUGUCCAAGUCUCUGUGGACCUGUGCUGUGGAGUGCUCCAUGGAGUACUGCAGGAUCCUCUAUGAUAUUUACCCCAAGGACAAACUGGUUAGAUUCAAACUUGAGGUUUUUAAUAAUGAUGGAAAUGUUUAGCUUCUCCCCUGUGCCUCCACCUGGUUUCACUCUUUGAAAGUGUAGUUUGCAAUGAAAGAAGUAUUUCUAAUUUCAUUAAGACAGCUUCAUUCCUGCUCUCUCUGUCUCUUUGCAGGUUAAUUACAUUGUAAGUGAUUCAGAAUUCCACAUCUUGAACACCUGGAGACAGGACAACCAGAGCACACAUGAGGUAAUCUGCAAGUAUAACAUAUAUGUGUGUUUUAAGUGUUAGUUCACAAGGGGUGGGAGAAAAAAUCGAUUGACAUAAGUGUCGCAAUUUUUUGUUUUACAAUUUUUAAAUUGAUUUUAAGUUCAAAAAUCGAUUUUUUUUUUCAAAUUUAAAGGGAUAUUCCAGCGUAAAAUUGAGUUACUCAGUUAUUCAACACUGAGUAACUCAGUAUUACAGUGUGUUUGACCCUUACUUAAUUUUAAAGGAUAAAACUUCAAAACUGACUCACAUGUGAUGUGUAAUUUUAGGGGAAAGAUGGUCCCUGGAAUAGUUCGUUGACAAUCAUAAUAAUUCAACUGUUUCACUGGUGUUAAAAAUGCAGACUGAAAAUCGUCAAUAUUUCAUCAUUUCAUCUUAAAACAGCAACCAUAUAAUUUUUAAUUCUCAGGAUUUGACUUGUGAUGUGAUGAUACCUUUUCUCCUCCUCUCUGGCAGCUCAUGUCAGCUCUAGCAGCUGUAGGGCCUCCUAAUCCACGUGAGGACCCUGAAUGUUGCAGCAUCCUGCAUGGGCUGGUCUCAGCAGUGGAGUCCUUGUGCAAGAUCACAGAACUGCAGCAUGAGAAGCGUACCGCUUUGAUGGACACAGCAGAGAGAGUUUCGAACAGGGGCCGUAUUAUCUGCCUGACUAAUGCUAAAAGGUAAAUACUCACGUCAUUAUGGAAGAAAAUACACUGUUGAUAGAUGUAGUGAGAUUGUGCAAAAGUGAGUUUAUCUAGAUCCUUUAAGACUUGAGGAUCCUGUAAUUGCUUGGAGACAUAAAUUAUUAGGAAAGUCAGUAUUCUUUAGAUUAUACUUACCCAUGGAGUUGAACAGAAUUUUUCAUUGAAAUUUUCACAGGUCUAGGACUUCUUUGCAGUAUUCUUAUACAAAAAUAUACAAAAAUUGCACAAUAAAAACAAACAGCUGCUGGUCUUAUCAACUUCUCUGUAUUCAAUGUACAUUUUUUGUUCUAUAUGAUGCUUAUGUAGAAGAAAUCUUGCUCUGAGUGCAGAAAAAGAGGCUCCAAUUAUUUAGAAAUAGUAACAGUGAAACAACGUUUAUUUUCUCUUGUGCUUUUGCAACUGUGAGACCGCUGUUUUGUACUUUUAUGGGCAGAAGAGGUUUUAUCUUUUAGUCUUUUUUUAUGCCUUAUAGCUGAAAUUUCAUGUGUUAAAUUUUUUAAGCUGUGCUAAUGCUGCACUUUUUUUUUCCACAGUGAUACCCAUGUGCGCAUGUUGGAAGACUGCAUUCAGGAAACAAUAUUAGAACAAAACAAGCUGGCAGCAGGCUCAGACAGGUUGGUGUCAGACGAUGUCAGUAUUAUUAACCUCCACUGGUCCAAAUGACUGUAAUUUGGUUGAGAAUGGGCAGAAUACUUAACUUUUAGUCAGCAGUGACUGCUUUUAGAAACAAGAUUUUACAUCAUAGAUAUUUUUUGCCUAAUCUUUACCUUACUGUUGAUUAUUUUUAGACUAAUGGCCAUCCAGCAGUGCGACCUGGUACUUGUGCACAUCUACCCACAGGGGGAGGACACUCUGGUAUCUGAUCGUCCCAAGAAAGAGGUGGGUGCUAAAAAAAAGAAGAAACAUAUCAUACGGUGAUCAACCAUCACAUUAUGACCACAGACAGGUGAAGUGAAUAAUGUCUUUAGCUGUCAGCGAAUGGGAUGUUUUGUGUAGUGCAUGAACAUUUUGUCCUCAAAGCUCUGCUGGAAAUUAGGAAAACUGAGCGGGUGUAUGAAUGAGCCACUUGGAGAGGAGCCAAACUGUGAAAGCCACAUGACUGGGUCACAUCAUCUCAAACACUGCAGCUCUUGUUGGGUGUACAGAGAUCAGGACCCACAAAAAUUGGUGCAGGGAUGGAAAACUUGUGAAUGGAAACAGGGUCACUGGCAGCCAAGGCUCACUGAUGUGUGUGGGGAGUGAAGACCGAUCCAAAAGAGGAUUUACUGGAACUCCAACUGCUGAGACUGCUGGUUUUGACAGGAAGGUUCAAAACAGUGUUGAUGUGCAUCCAAACUGGACAAUGAAGCAAUGGAAGAAGGUGGCCUGGAAGAACAUCACAAUGAAUUUAAUGCGUAGGCUUGGUCUCUGAAUGAUCUAGAUGGAAGUUCAACUGAGCAUGUGAGGGAUGUGCUGGAUAUCAAGUCUGAUCCACGAGUCUUCAGAGAUCUGCUGCUAACAUCUUGAUGCCAGAUAACACAGCAUACCUUCUGAGGUCUGGUGAAGCCUCAUCAGGUGGAGACUCUUUAGACCUUGACCUGAGGAGAGAGGGGGUUACACAGUAUUAGGCAGGUGGUCAUAGUGUUAUGGCUGAUCUCUACAGUUAUCACUUUAUUAGUCCACGAAACAGAGAAAGGCUAAAUAACUCAAAGUUUUCUCUGGUUAUUUCUUUCCAUCUUGACCUCUCAGAUCUCACCGCUGCUCACCAGCGAGGUUCACAGCGUUCGUGCGGGGCGACAUUUAGCCACCAAACUCAACAUUCUGGUCCAGCAGCACUUUGACUUGGCCUCCACCACCAUAACAAACAUCCCCAUGAAAGUAAGUGGGCUUCUGCCCUUCAUUUGGCCUUGCACACAAUGAAAAAUCACACCUUUUUAAGAACAUUAUCUUUUUGCUAGCACAUCAAUGUUUACACAGUAGAAUGCACUCCAUCUUUUUUCUUCAUUGUGGUUUUUGGUUCCAUAUUUUCUCACAGCCCUUACCUUUUAAUCGUGCUUGCUUAAUCUUUCAUGUACAAACCCUUCCUCACCUUUGAAUUUCUUUACACUCACACCUUUCUGUUUCUUUCAUCUGCAUGCUGAUAUGACUGUGACUCUGCUGCUGGUUUCAUGCUGUAUUUUCUGUUUUGCUAGCCCACAUUAAAUGUUUGCGACCAGGUUAGUACUCUUAUGCACACACACAUCAAAGUGAGGAAGGGUCAGAGCUGACAUCACAUAGUGUGCAGUUUACUGUAUGUGUUUUGAGAGCUGCUGCUGUUGCAACAGGCUUCCAGUGUCAUUCAUCCAUUUCAAUGUGGCAGUUAGUGCACAGAUUAGCUACUGAGGCUCAAGUCAAGAACAGGCAACUCUGGUCUCACAUAGACACACGAAAUUAACGGUUUGAAUCAGCUUUUUCUUUCACUUUGCUGAUUUGCUGUUUGUUUGGUUGUUCUCUGCUAUUUAUUUUAAAUUAUUGUCUGUUUUAGGACAGUGUUUCUGCCAAAUUCCCACUUAGAGAAAAUGAAACCAUGACCAGCGUUGCCUCUUCUCUUCAGUUAUGAAAUGCUGUCAGUGUCUGUCAGGUGUUCAAAGUCGUUCAAUCUUUCCCCGGUCUCUGUUUUGCCCCAUCAGUUCCCACUCAUGUUACCUUUUAGAGUCUGGUGUCGUCCUUUGUGCUGUCUGGAUAAUUAGUUUUUGAAACCUGACCCUUAAAUGUUAAAAACAUAACUUUGCCUUUAGCUCUCCCAAAAGUGCCUUUUUUUCCCCCCACUAAGUGCAGAAAUGUCAGGAAUGAAAGUGUAAUUGUUAUAAAAGAUUGCCAGGCCCUGAUUUUGAGUUUGGGCUUUAACGUUAUCAAUCCAGAUUUGAGAGUUUGAGCUUCUCUGAAACUGUCAAACAUGUGAAGGCUAGGAGCAUCGAAGGAAAGAUGCAUGAGAUCGAAUUUGACGAGGAGAAAACCAUGCUUGAGUCACCCAGAGAGCUGAUCUGUUUUAUUUUGUUCCUUUGUCCAUUCUCAUUUUACCCUCUGGAACAUGAAAUCAGCAGUGUUAACGUGUGUUUGUGUCUGUGUUUAUGUGUCUGUCUGUGUGUGUAUUGGUGUGUAAGUCGAAGCAUUUUAAGAGCUGAAUUCACACUGACCUGUCUUUAUUACUGUUUCUGCGGGUGAACAGGAAGAGCAGCACGCCAACACAUCUGCCAACUACGAUGUUGAGCUCCUGCAUCACAGAGAUGCUCACUUGGAGUUCUUUAAAAGCGGUGAGUUCAAGUUUUUGUCCUCUUGGUUUAAUCUGUGGAACAAAAUCAAUUCCUGUCAAAGUAGAGUUUAUCUUUAUAUCAUAAGCAGCAUGUCAGGAAAUACAUCUGUAAAUCUCAAAUUACCAUGAUGUCAAGUUUACAGCAGCAAGAUAUUUUAACGUUUCUAUAGUCUCUAGAAAAUGAUCUGUUGUGCUCUCAUUUUGUGGCGCAGGUGACUUGCAUAUGGCUGGAACCAGCACCCGAGAAAAUGGACUCAAAGAGACUAUUACGCUGAAAUGGUGCACCCCAAGGACAAACAGCAUAGGUGGGCAAAGUCAGCUGAAAAUCUGACAGGCUUAAAUUUACCUCCUGACUGUUAAAGGGACAGUUCAGAGACUCUGACCUUGCAGUGUAUAGCAUCUAGUCUUCUGUCUUUUGCAUCUGUUCUUCAAGUGUGUUCGUGAUUUCAAGCAAAGCCUUGAGGAUUUUAAAAAAUCCAAUUUGCUUCAUAACAAAUAGAAUCAAGUGUUUCACUAAUCUGAUUUAAGUCUGCAGACUCCCUGAGAUAAUCUAGUCCAGGCUUGUUCUCGAUCCAGCUCUCCAUCCAGACCUGGUUCCUUUAUCUUUACACUGAAAGGCCAAAUCAGCAGCUGACUUCAGAACUGUGAAACAUACCGUAGUCAUUUGUUUUUCACUAUUUGUUGUUAUGUUUUUGACAGUAUUUCAUGGGUUAAGAUCAGAAAUAUAACACAAGCCAGUUUCUAAGUGUAUAAAAUCUGUAUUUAUGAAACAGGUUUAAUUUUCAUUCAUUUUCAUUUCAUUUCAAUUUUCAUUUUCAUUCAUUUACUCCCCUGUAUAUCUGUGUAAAGAACUAAGUUUAAGGUAAAAAAAAAAAGGUUAAAUGUUUUGCAGAUGACUUCCUACAAAAGUCUUGGAAUGCUUUUAAAGUCAUACUGCAACUUUUUUUCAAAUUUAUUGCUUAUUUUUGUCAGUAAAUCAUAUCCUCUAUAACACAAUAGAAAGUAAUCCUUGGUGAUUUACGCUAAAAAGGUUGUAAUUGAUCCAGAUCAUGUUAUUGUCAUGUUAUGAUGGUGAUUGGUGGAAAAAUCUAUCCCUACAUAAAAGUGUAUUUUCUCUCCCCAGAACUUCAUUAUUGUACAGGAGCCUAUCGCAUCUCCCCCACAGACGUAAACAGUCGACCCUCAUCAUGUUUGACGAACUUUCUUCUCAACGGUAAACUGAACUGAGUCUUUUUUUAAUCUCUACCUCAUCUCUUCUCAUCUUGUCCUGAAUUUACCUUCAAACUUCUCUAACUUGUUGGUUGACCGCUUCCUCUUUUCUUACUGACCGCAGGUCGAUCAGUGCUCCUGGAGCAGCCAAGAAAGUCAGGGUCGAAGGUCAUAAGCCACAUGCUCAGCAGCCAUGGAGGCGAGAUCUUUCUGCAUGUGCUCAACAGCAACCGCUCCACGCUGGAGGACCCGCCCUCCAUCAGUGAGGGCUGUGGAGGACGAGUGACAGACUACCGCAUCACUGUAAGUCCAGCCUGCACCUCCGGGGUGAUGGUGUAAAAAAUCGUUACAAAAAAGCUAACCGUUUGUGUCUCUUUCAGGACUUUGGCGAAUUCAUGAGGGAGAACAGGCUCACCCCUGUGCCAGAGUCCUCCCAUCAUCCCUCUGGGAAGCUACCAGUUGAGAGAGCAAAAGCUCAGCUGGAGCGCCACACACGAUACUGGCCAAUGAUCAUCUCUCAGACCACCAUCUUCAAUAUGCAGGCAGUAAGCAGCAUGAAGAAAUACUUUACUCACCAUGACAGUUUUUGUUCUGCUGUAACCAAAGUUCAUACUUACGUGUCUCUCCUUUUUCCUCCACUAGGUGGUGCCUUUAGCUAACUUAAUUGUGAAAGAAACAUUGUCUGAGGAAGACGUUCUGACCUGCCAGAAGACAGUUUACAACCUGGUAGACAUGGAGAGGAAGAAUGACCCUCUUCCAAUUUCUACAGUGGGAUCCAGGGGGAAAGGACCCAAGAGGUAUAUGUCAAUUUGAAAAAGACGUUUGCUUUUUUUUUUUUAUGGGUUUCCAAGGAGAGAUGAUGAGCAUCAAAGUUUCAGUAGUGACUAAUGUUCCUGCCUUGUUUUCGAUCUCCAGAGAUGAACAGUAUCGUAUCAUGUGGAACGAGCUGGAAACAUUAGUAAAAACUCACGCUGGAGCCACAGAAAGACACCAAAAGGUGCUGGACUGCAUCAUCGCCUGCCGCAGCAAACCUCCUGAGGAGGAGGAGAGGAAGAAGAGAGGCAGGAAAAGGGAGGACAGGGAGGACAGGACAGAGAAAAACGGCAGCAAAGACACAGAGGACAAGAGCUGGCAGGAAUCUGAUAGGUGAGCAGUAAUCUCCAGAGAAAUCUCCACAGAGGAUUCUCAACUUUCAAGUCUUUUAAGCUACACUGUCUGUUUGUUUGUUUUUUACCUCAAGGCUAAAGGGUUUGCUAGAUAAGGAUGAUCAGGAGUCAGAGGUGAUCAAGGAUUCUCCAGAUUCUCCAGAACCGCUUAUUAAAAAGCCACGUCUGUCCACAGAGGAUGCUCAGCCUCCAGAGAGAGCCAAAGGUACAAUUCAUCACAAAACGACUAUUCUCAUUCAUAACAAAACCAUGGACAGACCCGCUUUGGUGGUUCAUCAUAUUAAUCUAGCAAAAACAUGUGAUGGGAUGUCUCUGUUCUUUUUCUGUGUGUCUGUGUAUUUACCCAUGUCGUUGCUGCAGGUCCAGUGUCGCUCCUCAGCCUGUGGACCAAUCGCAUCACAGUUGCCAAUUCCAGGAAGCACCAAGAGUUUGUUGGAAGAGUGAGCUCUGUGAACAACAAGUUUGAGUUGUACCAGCAGCUCAAAGAGGAGAACGGGUGUGUCACUGUGAAAUAAAGCAAACAUCAGUCAGUCUAUGAGUGUAACUAUUACUGUCCAGACAGCGUCACCCUGUGUUAAAACCUGACUGUUCCUCUUUUUCAGAAUGGAAGUUCAUGAGAACGGGAAAGCCUCCAGAUGA